AUGCAUUUCCAGCUCCCAUCCAUUGCCCUCGUCGCCAUCUUGGCUAACAGUGCAUCCGCUGCCUGGUACGCCUUUUACCACGAUACCGGUUACAACCUCGUUGUUAAGGACGGAAACCCGAAUUGCAAAGGCACCUGUCUCCCAUUCACCAGUGGCGCCGUUUCUGCCAAGCUUUAUGGCAGCAGUGGAAAGUUCACUAGCUGCUCAGUUUAUCAAAGCGGCGACUGUUCAGGCGGAUAUAUUACUUUGUACUCGGACAAUAAUAAGAACGAGAAAGCUUAUCAGUUGGGCGCUACCUACAACAGCGCUAGGUGCUAUUACAACUGCUAG